AUGAGGAAGUGUGAUACUGGACAGAACUCAAAGUGUGUAGAAACAAGAGGCGGACAAAUAGAGAUGUCUGAGACCAUUUCUGACAACGAUCUUGGUGAACAACAGAAAAUGGAAAAAUUUGUCUUAAUUACAGCUGGAGAGAACGAUGAGGCGGACGAGAGGACAGUGGCUAUUUAUUACAGCACAGACAGCAACGAGGGUCACAAAGCUGCAACACAGAGUUCAGUGCAGCAGCAGCCAGGCAGGACUUUUUUCAGGGUUGUUGCUGUGUGCCUGGUGCUGCUGUUUUAUCUCCUCCUGGCCGGCAUCACAGGCACUGGACUCCACUACAGAUUUAAACUGCAGACCCUCAGCAGGAGCUGGGCUGAAAACAGAAACCAAACUUUGGCUGAAUUCAAUCACUUCUGUAAAGACGGCUGCAAGUCAUUCAGCAACAGUUUUUAUUACAUUUCUUCUGGAUGGAAGAGCUGGGAGGACAGCAGACAGGACUGCAGAGACAGAGGGGCAGAUCUAGUCAUUGUAACCAACGAAGAAGAGCAGGUAUUCAUUAAUUCCUUCAACAAGGGAUUCUGGAUCGGUCUGACUGACAGAGAAGAAGAGGGAACAUGGAGAUGGGUAGAUGGUUCAGUUCUGAACAGCUCAGGGUUUUGGUAUCCAGGCCAGCCCAACAAAUAUACGUGGAAGGAGAAUUGUGUCAACACAUUUCAGCAUGGAGAGCUGAACAGUUGGCAUGAUGAUGACUGUUCUACCUCGGGACACUGGAUCUGUGAAAAACCUAUGGAUGUCUAA